AUGGAUUCUACAGAUUAUAAUCCAUCUGCCAACGCGAAAGAACUUAAAGAUUCCACCUGGCGAGAUAGGAGCAGCUUGAUCGAUCGGUUAUCCUCACCCAUCGCUUCAACUCUGCCCAACAAGAAGUUACCAAGCGAACCAAUCGACAAACCGGCAUCCACCGAAGUCUCUAGCAAUCAGAAUAUAAAACAACACCUCGAAACAAACAGAGGUAAGAAGAACUUUCCCGUACACAGGAAAGAAACUAAGACUAAUCAAGAGCCGUCCCUUGAAAAGAAGCGCCCAACACUGUUCAGUUACGAGCUUUAA